GGCUUUCGGAGUGAGACGAAGAAGUUGAGAGCGGCUGUGUGCUUGUGGCCGAGUAAGCUUUGCAGUGAGAAGCUUAGCGGCCUUAGGAAGGGACUGUUGCCAUGACGGCUCAGGGGGGCCUGGUGGCCAACCGAGGCCGGCGCUUUAAAUGGGCCAUUGAGCUGAGCGGGCCUGGAGGAGGCAGCAGGGGCCGAAGUGACCGGGGCAGUGGCCAGGGUGACUCACUGUACCCGGUUGGUUACUUGGACAAGCAAGUGCCUGAUACCAGCGUGCAAGAGACAGACCGGAUCCUGGUGGAGAAGCGCUGCUGGGACAUCGCCCUGGGUCCCCUCAAACAGAUUCCCAUGAACCUCUUCAUCAUGUACAUGGCAGGCAAUACUAUCUCCAUCUUCCCUACUAUGAUGGUGUGUAUGAUGGCCUGGCGACCCAUUCAGGCACUUAUGGCUAUUUCAGCAACUUUCAAGAUGCUAGAAAGUUCAAGCCAGAAGUUUCUUCAGGGUUUGGUCUAUCUCAUUGGGAACCUGAUGGGUUUGGCAUUGGCUGUCUACAAGUGCCAGUCCAUGGGACUGUUGCCUACACAUGCAUCAGAUUGGUUAGCCUUCAUUGAGCCCCCUGAGAGAAUGGAGUUCAGUGGUGGAGGAUUGCUUUUGUGAACGUGAGAAGGAAGCACCUGGGGCAGUCUCAUUUAUACCCUUCUUUAAGCACAGUGGCUUCUCAACAUACUUCCUCUUAAAAUAAUCACUCAUAUUGAAAAGAACCAAAAAGCUCUUUUCUCCAUCAUGAUAGAUCCUAAAAGGACAAUGGGCAUAUUACUACAAACAUAAAGAAAGUAUACCACAACCCUUGACUGAAAAUAAUGUAGAAAACUUUAUUUAUGUUUCCAAUACAGAACAAAACAACAAAUAAAAUUAUAACUCUAUGUAAACAAAGAAUGGCUGCUGCCAAAUCAAGAACCAUAGCAGCAUCUCCUUUCAAUAAAUUAAAUGGUUGAGAACAAUGCUUUAAAAAAAGUUGCACAAGUUUAUCUUAAAUCUAUUUUCCUUAAUAUUUUACUUCUAUGUAACACAAGCUAAGAUAUAAAAAUUCUGGAGACACUUGGGAAAUAUUUGAGAAACUAAUGCUCGAUUCAGAUUAUACAUGAUGAAAAGAAAAAUAAACCAGACAAAAAGAGCACAUAAA